AUGCCCAGUGUCGACACUUCCAUUCACUCAGCACCGAGCGGUGCCGCUGCUCAGCUAGCAGCUCGCCAUGCAGACGAACAACCCCUCAAGCUAUAUGGAGGAUGGUUCUGUCCCUUUGUCCAACGAGCCUGGAUCACGCUGGAAGAGAAAAAGAUACCCCAUCAAUACGUGGAGAUCAAUCCAUACAAGAAGGAACCAGAGUUUCUCAGGCUGAAUCCCCGUGGCCUGGUGCCCACUCUCGCGGUGCCCGUCGAUGCGGCCGGAACGGAGCAGAAGCCGCUCUUUGAGAGCUCCAUCAUCAUCGAGUAUCUUGAAGAUGCAUAUUCAGACGAGUCCAAGUACGGCCCUCGCCUGCUGCCGUCGGAUCCAUAUCAAAAAGCCAGGGCGCGACUAUGGAUAGACCACAUCAGCACAAGAAUCAUUCCCGCCUUCUACAAGUUCCUGCAGCACACUCCGGACAAAGACUUCAGCAUUGAUGAGGCACGAGAAGAGCUCCAUGGCCACAUCAAGACUCUUGUGGCGCAGAUGGAUUCCAAAGGUCCUUGGUUUUUGGGGGAGAAUAUCAGCUUGGUGGACAUUAGCUUGAUCCCUUGGGCGAAACGGCUAUGGCUGCUUGAUUACUAUAAGCCGGGGGGGCUCCAGCUACCACAGGGAGGAGGCGAAAAGAACGAGUGGACAAGAUUGAACUCGUGGAUGAUGGCCGUGGAGAAUCGUGAAAGCGUGAAGAAUACUUGGAGCGCGAGUGAGCAGUACAUUGAUGUUUAUAAGAGAUAUGCAGAAGACACAACAAAUUCGCUGCAGAUCGCAGACAGCUCCAAAUCCAUCUUCUUUCAUCACAAACUGCUCGAUCCCAACAUCGGCAUUGCCGCCAUGUCGAACCAACAGGCCUCGCGAUUCACGCCCCAAAACAAAUCAACAAACGAGCGACUGUCGACAAACACCGUCGGCCUCGUCGCCCUCUCCGACUUUCGCAAGCGGCGCGCAGAAGUCCGCGAGCAGCAGGAGCGCGAAGCCCGCGAGGCUGCGCUCUCAGGCACGUCAAAACCGGACCGCUCGCUGACAGGCACUCCUGACAACGCUGGCAGUGAUUCCGCCGGCAGCGCUGGCCCGGGACCGCUAAAGAAGAAGCUGAAGAAGAAGGCGAAGAACCCAAGCAAGAAGCUUCUGUCCUUUGGCGGCGACGACGACGACGACGACGCUGGCGAUUCCGAAAACGUGGGCACGAGCGCCGCUUCUGAACCUUCAAGCGAUAAAGAUGGUGCUCUAGGCGAGAAGAAAGCCAAGAUCAAGGCGAAUGCUGCGGUUGGCUUGGCCCCCAAAGCGGUGACAAAGGCGGCGCUGCGCAAGGAAGCUGCCGAGAGAGAGGCUCUGCGACGCGAGUUUGUCGCCCUACAAGAAUCCAUCAAGGCAACCGAGAUUGCGAUCCCGUUUGUGUUUUACGAUGGCGCCAACAUCCCCGGCGGGACAGUCCGCAUGAAGAAGGGCGACUUCAUAUGGGUCUUUUUGGACAAGAGCCGCAAGGUGGGCGCGGAGCUUGGAGUUGGAGAGCAGGCAAAUGCACAGAGAGCAUGGGCUAGGGUUGGCGUGGACGAUUUGAUGUUGCAUUACGACUUCUAUUAUUUCGUCGUCAACAAGAGCCUUGGCCCGGGUGGCAAGCCCAUCUUCGAUUACAGUGCCGAAGCGCCGAUCCGCACAACUUCGACCGACUCCGACUCUGACCUUUCCUCUGGUGUUUUGGUGACUGCGGCUGCCAAGGCGGCGGCGGCUAAAGCGCGACAGCCAGAUGUCUCAACGCUGGAAGGGUUCGGUGAGGACCCGACUCUGACCAAGGUGGUGGAUCGUAGGUGGUACGAGAGGCAUAAGCAUAUAUACCCAGCCAGCACUUGGCAAGAGUUUGAUCCGGAGAUGGACUAUUCGGCGCAGAUUCGGAAAGACACUGGUGGAAAUACGUUUUUCUUUUCGAAAUGA